AUGAGGCCAGCAUUGAGCACGCUUUGGGGAGGCUUCCUCACAGGGCUAAUUGGUCACAGUUCUGCAUUCUUGAUUCAUCCAUAUCCUACCGGUGUCAAGGCAACAGGAGCUUUCAACUGGACUGAGAUCCCUCCUUCAAGAGAGCUUCAAUAUCACAAAUGCUAUGGCUCCUUUGAAUGCGCCAGGCUAGAGGUCCCCCUGGACUGGUCCAACCUCUCAAAUCCCCGCUCGAUCGUUCUGGCAGUCACAAGGCUGCCUGCUGUGGUGGAUGUCGGAGAUGAAUCUUUCGGAGGUACAGUUAUCAUUAAUCCUGGAGGCCCUAGUGGUUCCGGUGUGGCAACUGUGCUUUGGUCUGGCAAGAGCAUCCAAAACGUCCUUGACGGUGACAAGCAUUUCGAAAUCCUGUCUUUCGAUCCCCGUGGCGUACAAUUCUCGACGCCCAGUUUGGCCUGUUUUGAAAAUGACACCUUGAGAUACACACUUGAUCUCCUGGGGGCAGGAGCGGGAAGUCUCGAAUCAAACCAGUAUGCUCUGGAUGUCAAAUGGGGCAUUGACAAAAGCCUUGGACUUCUUUGCGCACAAACGAGCAAAGGCAGGUUCUCUGAUGGUUCAACCAUUCGUCAGUUCGUGAGCACCGCUUUGGUGGCACAUGAUAUGGUGGAAAUCGUUGAUCAAGUUGAUGCACAUCUGCGGAGACAGUUGAGUAGCAGAGGCAGCAAUCAGAAAAACCAACAGUCCGUUCUCUCUGCUAAAUCAAAUGAGGACCCUCCGCUUCUCAACUACUGGGGUUUGUCGUAUGGCUCUUACCUGGGUAAUACCUUUGCCUCUAUGUUUCCGCACCGAAUCGGUCGCAUGGUCUUGGACGGUGUCGUCGACGCGGACGACUAUGCUGCUACAGGAUGGACGACUAAUCUUCAGGACAAUAACAAGACGUGGACCAAGUUCUUUGAGUACUGUUUCGAAGCCGGAACAAAGUGCGCUCUGUCGAAUGCCGAGAUCACUGGACCUGAAGAGAUGCGAACGCAGGUCGAGAACUUUCUUCACGGACUCAAAAACAACCCCAUGCCCUUAGUCCAAAACGACAAUGCCUACAUCCUCACUUACCUCAACAUGAAAUCCAUCAUUCAUAUUCACCUGUAUCAACCCAUUCAGCUUUGGCCGCUGUUGGCAUUGGUUCUAAAAGCUCUGAUGGAGCAAGAUGUCUAUAGCGCUAUUUCAGCCUGGAAGUCGUGGAAGAGCUGGUCUUUUCCCGAACUCCCGGACUUUGCACCGCUGCUUCCGAACGCUCCUCACAUCCCUAUGCUAUCGGAUGUCUUCAUGGCACAAGAUCUGCCGCUCCCAACGAACUAUCCGUGGCAACUGGAGUCUGGCAUCUCCAUCCUCUGUGGGGAUGGCGACGACAUCACAUCUCGAUCGAAGAGAGACUUUACGGAAUACCUGGACCUGCUGCAAUCGCAAUCUCCACUGAUUGGAUCUAUCUGGGCAGAAAUCACCCUUCAUUGCGUGCACUGGCCAUCGGAUGUCCGACCUUCUGCCAAAAAUCGAUUCACAGGUCCGUUUCAGUCGAACCUUUCUGAUUACGACCCUCGCGGAAGUCCAUUGUUGCUCAUCGGCAACACGGCGGACCCGGUGACCCCGGUACGGAAUGCGAUCAAGAUGGCAGAACGGCAUGAGGGCAGUGUCGUUUUCACGCAGGACAUGCCGGGACAUUGCGCGGGGACUACCAAUCCGAGCGUGUGCACGUUUGGGAUACUGAAAAGGUUCUUCGCGCACGGCGAACUACCAGAUGCUGGACUUGUGUGCCAGGCAGCUGUGAAGCCAUGGGAUAUAUGA